GAGGUCGCCGCGUUCCCUCAACCCCUCAGGCUGCGUUCCAUCGCCUCCCUAGCCUCUGUCCUCCGCCAUGCGGGUUCUGCGGACCGGUCUGACCCUGGCGCUGGGCGCGGGGCUAGGAGCAGCCGCAGAGGGCUGGCGGCAGCGGCGGCGGCAGGCAGACGCGCAGGCGGCGCCGCGGCUCCUGGGCCGGCAAUAAAAGCUGCCCGUGGCGGCGGCGGCUGAGCUCCCCGCCUUGUCUACGGGUCCGGCGGGCGGCGGCCCGGGCGAGCUGGCCAAGUACGGGCUGCCCGGGCUGGCGCAGCUCAAGAGUCGCGAGUCGUACGUGCUGUGCUACGACCCACGCACCCGCAGCGCCCUUUGGGUGGUCGAGCAGCUGCGGCCGGAGCGGCUCCGCGGCGACGGCGACCGCCGCUCUUGUGACUUCCGUGAGGACGACUCGGUGCACGUGUACCACCGCGCCACCAAUGCCGACUAUCGCGGGAGCGGCUUCGACCGCGGCCACCUCGCUGCAGCCGCCAACCACCGCUGGAGCCAGAAAGCUAUGGAUGACACCUUCUACCUGAGCAACGUCGCGCCCCAGGUGCCCCACCUCAACCAGAAUGCCUGGAACAACCUAGAGAAGUACAGCCGCAGCUUGACGCUUACCUACCAAAAUGUCUAUGUCUGCACGGGGCCGCUCUUCCUGCCCAGGACGGAGGCUGAUGGGAAGUCCUACGUGAAGUACCAGGUAAUUGGCAAGAACCAUGUGGCGGUGCCCACACACUUCUUCAAGGUGCUGAUCCUGGAGGCAGCUGGUGGGCAAAUCGAGCUCCGUUCCUACAUGAUGCCCAAUGUACCUGUAGAUGAGGCAAUCCCACUGGAGCGCUUCCUGGUGCCCAUUGAGAGCAUCGAGCGGGCCUCAGGGCUGCUCUUUGUGCCAAACAUUUUGGCGCGGGCAGGCAGCCUCAAGGCCAUCACUGCUGGCAGCAAGUGAGGGCGGUGGCCCAGUGAGACUGGGGGUUUAUGGGGCUGGGUCACAUUAAACGUCGUUAUUUUUAGAGACAAGUCUUGGCUGCAUCUGUUCCAGGUGACCCAUAGGAACCCCUGGCUUCACUGCGGCUUCUCUG